AUGAUGAAAGUUUAUUACUAUGUGCCGAACUUAAUCGGUGAGUAUAAAUCUCGGUGCCCAAUUUAAAUCCUCAACAUUUCUUCGCUAAGUGAAAUAGCAAGGAAUAAUGACGGGCUCCUUCAAGGAACAGGAGUCUAUGCUCCAAGUACCAAGCCAGAGAGUGAACAAAAGCCCCCUUUACACGGUAGAAAAUUUUUGGCACCGCUCGGAUGAAAAAAGUAGGCGUACCAAAGGCUGAUAUAAGGCUGAUAUCUCUUAUACAGCUUCUGCAUGCGAACCUUCUUCUUCGCCCCUUUAACUUUUUUCUCUGCCGUCUUCUCCCAGCGAAACAAUUCAAGCUCUUCUCGCUCUUUUUAAUCAGAUGCUAACUCGUCUGCAAGAUACUCUUGCAUAGUCGCCCACUUACUGCAUUUAUCGCCAUACAUGUAGCUGUUGUGGUAUCCUAAACUCCCUAUUUUUGAGGCAUUAACUGGUGGCUGGAGAAAAAUUACUUCCGUACUCGACCUGGCCCGUUCCGUAGUCCUUGCGGCUUAAAGUCCCUAAUUUGCAUUCCUUACUAUUCGAAAACAUUUAGUAGUUGCCCGAAUGAAUAUAAUACAAAUUAGUUCCUUGAUGUUCGUCAUUAUCAUCGGUUUGAAAAUUGUCGCUUCCAACUUCUUAAAUUGUAUUAUUCAAUAAAAGCAGCCCAAGCCAAAUUUUUGAAAUUCGCGUUAAUUUCAUGAAGCGCUGAGAUUUCCUAUAAUGUGAAAGUUUUUUUUUACUUGAAUACAGUGGAUAAGUGGCUGUACUGGAAAUGGAAUCUUUGAGCAUCUUUAUUUCGAAAUCAUCUUGGAGGCGGGGUUCCCACACCUUCAUAGUACUCUACAAAAUGUCAAGCUUUGCCCCUGCUUUUAUCGUUUUAAUCCCAGUUUAAACCGCAGUCUGGCAUCCAGAAUGCGGAGCUCUGGAUCUGUGUAACUCAAGACGAAAGCCGUAAAAACCUAGCAUAUAAACUUUCCUCAUGGGCCCAAAAUCGGAUAAUUUUUAGAGACAGAGUAUGAACCCGAAAGCGCCUUCCGAUUGGAAGGCCAUCAAUUUUUAAUUUAUCUAGAAACAUAUCGCAGUUUAUUUUCCUCAGAAAAUUUGAUGUAGACCUUCAUUGCUUCCGACAGGGAUAUCUUGAAGAGUGCUGAUCUGUUAAGUGGAUCGAACGGGUCCAACCCUCGGGAGCCAAACUUAUCACCUAAGGUCUUGAAAAAAAUUACGAAGAUGUGCUGACUUUUGCAUUGCAAAAGGCUAGAACCUCGAGUGGCUCAAUUAAAUAGUGAGCUUCACAGCUGUUCUUUGUGUGGUCACGCAACGUGACUCAAUGAACGGCUGUGGAGCAGACUCCUCGAAUGUUGCUGACCAUGAAAUGGCGGUCCUGUCUCGAGGAGAUGUGUUAACACUGUCCUUAGUUAGUACUUAGGGCUAAAUAUAUUGGCUCUUGCAAAAAGACCACCUUUUGUAAUAUUUAACAUGCUUCAAUGUUCCUUUAGAUAUAACAAUUAUUGAGUCAGUUUUUUUGGUUGGCGUAGACCCGCUUUGGAUGAGCACCUUGUCCUUGGGAUACAAAUAAUGCAAUUCCAGUUUGGGAUGAAUUUGGCCACAAGAGUGGCCGUUUAUUUAAUUCAAGCAUGUAAAGCUAGGAAAAUCUAGAUACGCCAGAAAAUCAUCCCAGUAAAGGUGUGGGCACACCAGCCAUCCGGGAGAUGAAGGUGGAGCAAAAAGGGAGGGAGUGGAGGGAAAUUAUUUUUUUAUAUUAUUCCUCGCUUCCACGUCUUAAAAACACACAUAUAAUGUCCCGGAUGGCGGACAGCAACGCCCGCUUACUGGCAGCUGGAGGAAUGACAUACAAAGUCAGUCACAUUAAGCAUAAAACCAUUUAUUUCUUUCAGAAAUAAAUUUCAUGUACUGAUAAUAACUUUCUUUUUUCUAGGUUACCUUCGUGUUAUUCUUAAUUUAUCAGCCCUCUACCUCAUGCUGCGUCAUCCAUUUGUCACUGUAGCUCUUCAUUUGACUGCUAAUGGCAUAUUGGAUGUAUUCGAUGGAGCCGCAGCAAGGUACUUCAAACAAUGUAAGGGCAGAAAGUAGUUAGAGAGAACCUCAUGAUACAGAAACGACAGCAAAACGCGUCCCUUAUAUAAAAAAGUCAAUUCAAAAUAUUCAGAAAAUUAUCCAGUUUAAUGAACGGCCGACUUCAAUAAUUUGUCGAGUAAAAGAGAGAUACCGCUCGAGUUUAAUAGGACAAUUGCACGAUUACGUCUUUUACUAUGAACUACCAGAAUCCUUCGGUUUUUGCAAAUUAGAGAUUAGGGCUAUUGUUUUUUAAACCGCAGUGGUAGUUGUAGUCAAAUGUCGUCAUCGUGAAAAUGGCUUGUUCCAAAGAAUCGUCAAGUACCGUAAUUGGUUGUCAGGAAGCUUAAACAACGAGGACGGACAUGGCAACAAGAACGUUAAACAGGCAUUAUUUACUUGGUAACUUUAUGAAAAUAAUCAAUUCAAUUUUUAUUCUUUUUGCUUCAAGGUUCCAAAUUUGGAGAACUACUCGAUGUUGCUACUGACAGGUAUUUUUUGGCUCAUGAAAUCUGUAUUACUUUCAACUUUUUUCACGUAACAUAUUUACCACUUGAUCCGGCAUAUGGCCCUAUCAAAAUGUAUAAGUUACACUUAGACAACUCGAACUAAAAGUGCUACUUCUGAACUCUAAACAUUAACAGAUCAUAGACAACGGCAUCGAUCAAUCACGGCGCGCGUAGUAAUUUUCACCACAUUGCAUGUACAUACAUACAUACAUACAUACACUUUAUUGAUGCUCCCUAAGUGGGCUUUUCAGCUCAAUAGAAUAAAAAAAAUACAAAUAUAUAAAUUAAUUGAGAAUGUAAAUACAAUAAUAUUAUAAUUACAAAAUAUAUAUCAAUAAUAUAAUAUAUCAACUUAAUAAAACAUUUGCAAGAUGACGUCUAAAAUUCCUGGGGCAUUUUAAGGACUUAAUGUUAUCAUUCAAGGAGUUCCAGAGUUUGGCUCCUCUGAAAGCAAAGGAGCGCUGCCCUGUUGACAGGCGACAUAAAGGUAUAUCCAAAGCACCAGAUGAUCGAGUUUGUCUAUUAUGGACUUGAGAACGUGAUUUAAACAUAUCAGCAAGAUAGUCUGGAACAAGCUUGUUAAUACAUUUGUGCAUCAUAGUAGCGUCAUUUAGAAUGAGUUUCUCUCUAAUAGGAAGCCAUUUCAAUGAUCGCAACCCAUCCGAAAUAUGGUCAUACUUUCUUAGUCCCAGAAUAAUUCGCCCAGCAAAGUUUUGGACUUUUUGUAACUUGUCAAUAUUGCUGCUGCUGGUAUUACUCCAGACAGUUGAACAAUAUUGGAGUUUACUAAAGACAAAUGAAUUUAUUACUAACAGAAGUGUUUUCCUAUCCAGGAGGUGCUUGAUUCUGUUAAUUUGGUACAAUUUAAAAAGGCAUUUAGAGGCAAUCUCAGUGAUAUGUUGGUUAUAACUGAGGCGUGUGUCGAGAAGAACACCCAAGUCCUUAACGACAGGCACAGGUGUUAUUUCCUUGUCAAAAAGUGUUAUACUGAAUGAUGACAGUUUCUUUAAAAGUUGUGGUAAUCCAACAGCUAGAACCUUAGUUUUGUCCGGAUUAAUCAAAAGAGAGUUUUUACAGCACCACUGAGAUAUUCUCGUAAGAUCUUCGUUUAAGGCGAGGAUGGACGUGGGUAAUUCGGCAGGUGAAAAGGACAAAUACAAUUUACAAUCAUCAACAUAGGAGGCAGAUAGACAACGUUUAGGAACAGAAAGGAGGUCGUUAACAUAGAUUGUAAACAAAACCGGACCUAAAAUAGAGCCUUGCGGAACUCCGAACUCAAGUGGGAGUACUUUAGAAACUGCGUCACCAAUUCGAACGCACUGUUGUCGGUUAGAAAGGUAACUCUGAAACCAAUGUACAACAACAAUAUAGAUUGGAACAAAACAAGGAAUCAAAAAGCCCCCAUUGAGGUCUUUAGUAUAGAAUUUUGGCAUAACGUAAAAUAUGAACGCCACGAGAAUCAGGUAAAGUAUUCGCUCGCAAAAACAACAACAACAACAAACACUAACUGACAAACACUGAUACUGACUAAAGUACUUAUUAGUACGUUGUUCAGGUAAGUGCGGUGAAUCCACAACGAACGACCGCGGCUAAUCAUAAUAUGAUCAGAACGAGAAAUGCAUUUGUGGCCCUAACUUCAUAAAAGCGUGCAGGAAGUAGUAACAGUUAAUUUGGCUUUUACCUCUAACUGGCUGGGAAAAAAGCAUGAGAAUUUUAAACUGACAGUAGAACGUAACAAGCAAAAUCCAACUUCGUUUCCAGAAAGAAGAGAGACCCUUGGAACUAGGUUUGGUGAUGAGCAACAACUACAGUACUGUAAUACAAUUUCUAGAAAGAAAGUAACUCGUUUAAAGAAAAGAGAAGAAAACGGAAGUUUUAUUUCGAAAGAGAAAUUCAUCUUAGGUUGUUUACGUUCUCGAUAAAACGUGAAAUUUGGUAAUUUCACGUCGUAGCGUGCAGUGACGGCCAAGAUAUAAACAAAAAAAGCAUGCUGCACGUAAAAAACUAUUAUAGUCUUGCUGAUCUAAAUCUUUUGGGUUUUAAAAGUUCGCGUUGUCGUCUCUAUUUCUCAAGAAUGAUUUUAUGAUUUUAUAUCUGUUUCCACAGGUGUGGCAGGGUAGGAUUUGCAAUGGGACUGUGCGCACUUUACCCUCAAUAUAUGUUUCCUAUCCAACUUCUUGUCUGCUUAGAAAUUGCAGGACCUUUAUCAGAUCUCUACAGGUAUUUAUGGACUACGAAAAACAAACCUGACUGCACUAUUCCUUAAAUGAAAGUUAACGGAUGGAAACUAUUCUCUUCAGUCAUCUUAUCAUUUUUUUUUGUGCUUCGUAGAAGUUCCUUGAGAGCUCAUCAAAAAUCGCAGGUGGUCGAUCACUGGUGGCUUGUAAAGAUUUUUUUCCAGGAAGUAAGAAGGCCAUUUACUGUCUUAAAAAUUAACUGAGUUGAUACUAAGAUACAUAAAAAAGCUAAGGGCCUCUUCAAAGGAGAUCGUUUAGCCUCACCUCUAAAUCCUCAGUAAAUCUCUUAUCUUUUCUUAGACCUUAGUAGAUCUCUUUUUUUUUCAAAAGGUAAGCGCGAUUUAAAUUUAAGCCCACAUGCAUGUGAAUACUCGGAGCCGGUUACCGCAGCUUCUACAACAGGGCGGCCGGGAUGGCAUCGUCCGACUUAGCUCCAGUGAUGCAGCUAUAAGAAUUGGUAAAGCUAUGAUAGGCUCGAAAGUUAUAAAUUUGUGUUUGGCCAACUUUGCUCUAGUUGUUUCUCGAAUUUCGCGCUAUAACUCGUCCCAAGGACCUUACGGCCUUUUCUCAUCCUGGAAAGCGGAAAUAUCUCAUUUGAACCCAAGCCGCGUUGACUUCAAAUGAAAAAAAGGGAACGUUUUUCUGUUAAUACUCGACAACAAAAUAAAAGAGAUAGUUUCCUAUACUACUGCACUUCUCAAUAUGAAAAUUAGAUCUAACUUGAACGUCGGGUCCUCGUUUUUGUAAACGUUAGCAAAAUAAAGUCCCUUAUAUUUCCCAGAACAAAUUUUGUUUUCCAGGAUUUUUUCCUACGAACGUACAAAACAUUCAUGGACAAUUCGCUAUUCUGACUAUUCCCCAGUAGCUGAAGAAUAUUUCUAGUGAAUCUAUAGUGAAAUCUUACUUUUCUUUAUACGCAGCCUAUCCUUUCUUCGGUCAUACUUGGUCAGGAUAUUUGUGUAUACAUGAUCUACUUGCUUUAUUUUACGCCAGGGCCAACAGGUGGGAGAAGACAUCACUUUUAAUUGCUUCUAAUACUUUAUUAUGCCUAACCUGAGGUUGCAUUGGUUUAGGUAGUAGUUUUAAGCCUCCAAAGUACCGAGACCAACGGCAGCAGGGACGUCAAUUAUUUAGUGUAUUCAUUUAUGGCGGUUAGUUCCCACUGGUUCAGUUAGUCAGUUGUGCGUGAGUUUUCUUUGAGUUGAAUCUUUAGAGAGCACAUUUCAAUGUGCUCUCUAAACUUGAAUAAGUUUAGUUUAAUUAAGUUUAGUUUUUAGUUUCGUCUCUAAACUUUAAAAGGUUAGAAAUGGAAAGCAAUAAUUUGUCGUCUAUUGUUUAUGUCCUUUGUUAUACGUGACAUUGGAAAGUCUCACGUUUUAGUCGUGCAGUGACGGCGAAGAAAUGUGCAAAAAAAAUCUUGAUGCCCGAGCAAAGUUGUUGUUUUGGUCAGUAUAACUCUAGCUUUUUGGACUUGUUCGUUACCAUUGCCGCCGUGGUUGCUUAAACUCCCUGUUAGGUUUUCGGUGUACUAACAAAUCAACGCGACAUGUCAGUGGUGGGGCAAGAGAUGCCUCUGGGAUUUCCAAGUUUCCUCCCAACUGACCAGUCUUGUCUUGUCUUGUCUUCAGCUAUUUUAUAGGAGAUGAAAGAUCGCAAAAUGCAAAAAUUGUCCCAACCACAAAUCAGAGUGCCAUGCCCACGCGGUCAUCAGUAAUCAAAGUUUUGCGCUAGCGGUGUUCAAAUUUCACCUGUUUCUAAAUUUUGUACCAGCUACUUUUCUUGUCAGAUAUUAUCUUGUUUGGUUAUGGUUCAGAGGUCUUCGUCUUCAUCAGUUUUCUCUUUCGACAAUCGAUGAUCGCAUCCUGUACAAAAAAAGGCUGUACCUGUAUUGACUAGAUCUUGUAGGUCUGAGCUGACUUGUUUAUUCCUUUUAUUUUUAAUAUUUCCAGUGUCUUUGGUUGGACUCUCAUUCAGUUUAUGGCAAGCGUUGGCUUGGCUUACUGUUCCGUUUUUAAUCUACAGACAAAUUGUUGUCUGUGGUCUUCUGGUCACGUCAUCUUUCAGUGAGCUUGCACGUUUGCAUCACCUUCAGGAUUGCAAGCAGAAUGAAAAGAGAAUUAAUUGACACCAGCAGAUGGCCGAUGACUUUCACUAAUUAAAAGAAUUACGUUGGAACCAUCUUACUAUUCGAGUCUUUCUUUUCCCUUCGGGGUUUGCACUCUCAAGCGGGUAUCGUUCUGGAUGCCAAUAAUUUCCUGGUUUGGUAGGCUGUUAUAAGAGACCUUAAGAUCGAGGUGUUGUCAUUUUACGGCAAACGACAAACUGCGGUUUACGAUUAACGGUUUCACGUUACCCGUCUGCCCAUAUUUGGGACUUAAGAUUCGUGGGUGGUAGCUUGCGGCGGCCAUUACUACAGUAGU